AUGUCGUCCGCCGGCGGCCGCCAGCCCAGCCAGAGCCGGGCCAUCCCCACCCGCACCGUGGCCCUCAGCGACGCGGCGCAGCUCCCCCCGGACUACUGCACCACCCCCGGCGGCACCCUCUUCUCCACCACCCCGGGAGGCACCCGGAUCAUCUAUGACCGCAAGUUCCUGCUGGACCGCCGCAACUCCCCCAUGGCCCAGACCCCGCCUUGUCACCUCCCCAAUAUUCCCGGCGUCACCAGCCCCGGCUCGGCCGGCGAGGAGCCCAAAGCGGACGCCAACAGCCUGAACCACCAGGAGGGGAAGCCAUCCAUGGGGGACGACGCUCAGUUUGAGAUGGAUAUCUGAGCGGGAACCACGGAGAGGCAGCAACUCCCCAGACCUGUGCACACCCCAUUCGGCUUAGCAGGAUCCGUCCCGGCGAGGCGGAGGCGGCACCGGUCCCCGCCGGCGUCCCCCUCCCCACCUGCCUCCCCCCCUCUUUCCAGGGAGCGCGACUCUGGCUUCACCCCCUUUACGGGUGACUGGUCCCAGCGUGCGCCGGCCGGAGCAUCCCUUCUGGAUCCGGCCCUAUUCCUCCUGCUCCGCCCGCCGGCAGCCUGAUCUCCACCGGGCUGCUUUUUAAAACAUCCCUUUGCCUCUUCUGCUGCCUCAUGGCCCCCCCAAACCCCCCCCCCGCCCCGUUACCCCAAACCUCCCGUUGCCGGCAGCUUGGCGAUCCGGAGCUGCGUCACCCCCUUUGCCUCUUCUCCCAGAAAAUUCGGGCAGCCUCUCGGGAGGAGGGGGAAAGCGUCGCUCCUAAAACCAUGCACCCCGGGGAGGGGUUUUUUCAGUUUCCCCGGGACCUGCUGCCGUUCGGCGGAGGACAAUGUCGGCAGCCCGUUCCCUUUGGUGCUCUGGGGUUCCGAGUUAGUCCCCGACGGCGUCGGGCAGCGCGCCCGCAUCUCUCUUACCCGGAUUUCUUCCGUCUUGGCCCUUCGACCCGGGGCUGCGUCCCCGACCCGCCAGCCAGGACUCAAAGCGACGUAGCCAUAUGUUACAAAAAACCCCUUGCUUUUAUUUUUUUUUGGUACUAAAAAGGGGCACUUUACCGGCAACGCUUCUUUUUUCGGGCUGGGGAGGAGUGCCUCUGGGAAAGUGCUUUCUAAGUGCUUUUUUUUUUUAAUUCUCUCCCCCCCCCCCCCCUUAAAAUGUGAAUAAUACAGGAGUGAAAUCCC